CUUAGCAACACACGCUAUAAAGCUCCAUGUCCCCCAUGUGUGGCGGCGUCUGGCCAGACAACAACCAGGUGUGUACAGGAUGUGGACGAUGGCGGUGUUUCCUCUGCUUUUGUGUGUCCUCACACCAGCUUAUAUCAACGCUGACGCUGCAGCGUGUACUGAAUGUACCAAUGCAUACAGUGGUGAAACGACAGAUACAGACUGCACACACCUGAAAACGUACCUGAAUUGUCUUGAGGCAGCUGCGGGAUCAUCAGCUGGGUGCACACUGACAGUAGCCGAGGCCACGAAAAUCAAAGAGGCUACCUGCACUGCAGCUUUGGUCUCACCUUGCUCAUGCCAAAGAACCUUCUGGGGAAGUGAUCUAGCUGGGAACAGAGCGUGCGAGCCCCUGAAGACCUACAUCGAAUGUCUCACCGACGCAGGUGAAGCAGACACGUGUGUGGCUGGAGUCAAAGCAUCUACACUUGUCUUGUUGCCUUCGGCGAGACUGGAAACUCUUACAUGUAAUUCUGGAGUUUCUAACCUGAGGAUGUGCAGUACGAUCCUUGCUUUCCUUCCCUUCAUCCUGAUGGCGUUUCUUCGUUGAUAGACCAGUCAACUGCUAAACAUGCUCUGUAGCUGUGUGUCACUUUAUUAUUACUUUUAACCCUUCUAUAAUGAUUGUCUCCUCGCUGUAAAGCUGAAAUAAUGCGGAUAUGACGUUAAAUCUUAACUCACUCUGAUGAUUGCAGUUCUUCUCUUUGUAGGUGCAUUCAGUACAAUAUAAGUAACAUAUCAUCUUUGUCAAUCAUUGGACAUUUGUACAUUUGCUACAUGUAUUAAGUCAAAUGAUUUUGUCAGUGAUUUCGUGUAAUUUAACAAAGAUACGGUAUACUGGCUAAAGGGACACAAAACAAUUACUGUUCGCGUACGUACAAUUAGACAAUACUGAUGACACUUUCUGAUGACGUGGCUCUCCAAACACCGAUGAAUAGAAACUGCCAUCAACCCUUUAGUCACUUUGAUAGUAUAAGCAACUGUUAAUUUAUCUUACAUUUACCAGGCUCAGAUGACGACGCAUAUCUCAAGUACUUACAUGCAUACAAGAUUUUCGAAUGUCAUACUUAAUAAACGCAUUGUAGUAA